CACACGAUAAAAUCUUCAUUCACUUUUCAUCCUUUCAUCGUCUACAUCUCUACAAUCAGUGACUUCCUUUCAACGACAAAUUCCAUUCUAACUCACCACACUUUCAACUCACAUCUCAUCUCAUUCUCAAAAUGACCAAAGCAGUUGGUAUUGAUUUGGGUACCACCUACUCUUGUGUAGCCGUCUGGCAGCAGGAUCGUGUUGAAAUCAUUGCAAAUGACCAGGGUAACCGAACAACCCCUUCUUACGUCGCAUUCACCGACUCUGAGCGACUCAUCGGUGAUGCUGCCAAAAACCAGGUUGCGAUGAACCCCCACAACACGGUCUUCGACGCCAAACGAUUGAUCGGACGUAAAUUUACGGACGCAGAAGUGCAGGCCGACAUGAAGCACUGGCCUUUCCAGGUCAUCGACAAUGGCAGCAAACCUGUCAUUCAAGUCGAGUACCGUGGUGAAAAGAAACAAUUUACUCCAGAGGAGAUCUCUUCCAUGGUUUUGAUCAAGAUGAGAGAGACCGCCGAGGCCUACCUCGGUGGUACCGUUACCAAAGCCGUCAUCACUGUUCCUGCCUACUUCAAUGACUCGCAACGUCAAGCAACCAAAGACGCCGGUGCCAUCGCUGGGCUCGAUGUCCUUCGUAUCAUCAACGAACCUACCGCCGCCGCUAUCGCUUACGGUCUCGACAAGAAGAGCGGGGGUGAGAAAAACAUCCUCAUCUUCGACCUUGGUGGUGGUACUUUCGAUGUGUCCCUCUUGACCAUUGAGGAAGGUAUUUUCGAAGUCAAGGCUACCGCCGGUGACACCCACUUGGGUGGUGAGGACUUCGACAACCGUCUCGUCAACCACUUUGUUCAAGAGUUCAAGCGAAAGAACAAAAAGGAUCUUAGCUCUAACGCUCGUGCUCUUCGUCGUCUCCGUACCGCUUGUGAGCGAGCCAAGCGAACACUUUCCUCCGCCGCUCAGACAUCAAUCGAAAUUGACUCCCUCUUCGACGGGAUUGACUUCUACACUUCCAUCACCCGUGCCCGUUUCGAAGAGCUUUGUCAAGAUCUUUUCCGGUCCACCAUGGAGCCAGUCGAAAAAGUCCUUCGCGACUCGAAAAUGGACAAAGCGUCAGUCCACGAGAUCGUCCUCGUCGGUGGAUCCACUCGUAUCCCCAAGAUCCAAAAGAUGGUCUCUGACAUGUUCUCUGGCAAGGAGCCCAAUAGGUCAAUCAACCCCGACGAAGCUGUUGCUUACGGUGCUGCUGUCCAGGCUGCUAUCCUUACUGGUGACACUUCCGAAGCCACCCAGGACAUCCUUCUUCUCGACGUCGCUCCUCUCUCUAUGGGUAUCGAGACCGCUGGCGGUAUCAUGACCCCUCUCAUCAAACGUAACACCACUGUCCCCACUAAAAAGUCCGAAAUUUUCUCCACCUACUCGGACAACCAGCCUGGUGUCCUCAUCCAAGUCUACGAGGGUGAGCGUGCCAAGACCAAGGAUUGCAACCUUCUCGGUAAAUUCGAGCUAUCCGGUAUCCCCCCUGCCCCUCGUGGUGUCCCUCAAAUCGAGGUUUCCUUCGACGUCGACGCCAACGGUAUCCUCAACGUCGGUGCUUCAGACAAGACGACUGGUAAAUCGAGCAGAAUUACGAUCACCAACGACAAGGGUCGUCUCAGCAAAGAAGAAAUUGAACGCAUGCUUGCCGAGGCUGAGAAAUACAAAGCCGAGGAUGAAGCCGUUGCGGAGAAAGUCCAAGCGAAGAACGGUCUCGAGUCAUACGCUUUCUCUCUCCGCCAGACCUUACAAGAAAACGGCGACAAGUUUGACGCCACCGACAAGCAGACUUUGGAAUCUAAGGUCAACGAAAUCAUCGCAGCUCUGGACACGAUGGACACUGCCAGCAAGGAGGAGAUCAUGGAACACCAGAAGGAGCUGGAGAACGUCGCCAACCCGAUCAUGACCAAGUUCUACGGUGCGGGCGGCGGUGCCCCUGGUGGAAUGCCCGGCGGUGGUAUGCCUGGGGGUGCUCCUGGUGCGGCCGCGGAUGAUGGGCCUUCUGUCGAGGAAGUGGAUUAGGCGGGGAAGAAAUGUGUUUCAUAGAUGGUAAUCGGGAGAUCAUGAACAUGUAUUAUGCAUCGCGUCCGGCUCG